UUAUGUCAACCAAUCACUAAUCUGAGAAUACGGACAUGUAGCAAGAAUGAGGUGUCGGUUGAUAUAAAAACAAUAGAUCUAGGGGUCUAGAUCUAGAUCUAGAUUCUACUACUGAAUGAUAAUGAUUCUAUAUAUAUAGACCUAAGGUUAAUCGAUCUCAACGUAUGUUUUAUUAUCCUGUUUAAUAUAAUAUAGGCCUUGGAGUUGUAGAUCUUCUUAGCUAAAACUCGGCGAGCUAUUGGUCCGUAUAGCCCCAUAAUUUAGACAGGAGGUAUGGAUACACAUUCAGGACUUCCAAGUUCAGCAAGUGUUGUGAGCUUAGCAAACAAUUUACUAGCUGAAUUCAACAUUCCAAGAAUAAUAGAAGAAAUCAGUGAUAUUAGUGCCUCUCUGUUUGUUGUGCUGUAUGAAAGUUUAUUUAGUGAUAAACUUCCAGGUAUAAUCCGUAAUCCAACAACAAAGGAAGAUAAUAUAAAAAAUUGUCAAACUGUUAUAGAUGUUCUUUCUACUGAUGUAGUCAAGGACAAUCUAAGCCACAUUCGUGGAUCUGACAUCGUCCAAGGUGAUGUGACUGCAAUUUCAAAUCUCUUGGAUAUUUUUCAGUGCCUUCUUGAAUAUGUGAUAAAUAAAAUUGAAACUGACUUUGAUAACAAUGACACAAGAUCUGUUAACUCUGUGGAAGUGAGGACCCUGGCACAAAAAAACAGACAAGACACUCCACACAAAAAUCUGCAGACUAAAAGUAAAAAAAAAAGCCAUUCUCUUUCCAAUAGCAACAACCAGAAUAGCAAAAGAGUCUAUCCAAGAUCAAUGUUAUUGGAUUCAUCAAGAGCAGCUAGCUUAAAUAAAAAUGAUAACAGGAAAAUAUAUGAAGACCACACAAUUAUUGCCCAUGAAGACUAUUUUGCCAUGACCCAAAAAAGCAUGAAUUUAUCAAAGUCUUUGUGCCCACCUUCACCAAUCAUACCUGAUCCAACUUUGUCACUGUUAGAGCAAAAGGACAUAGAUCUUGAUAGUGAUGCAGAAAAGUUGCUGGAAAACAGUUUUGUGUUACAAAGAGCUCAACCAGAUAUGACUUGGAGGAACAGCUUAAGUGCAGCAGACUGUCUACACCGUGAACCAAUAUUGGAAGAAAAACACGCUGGUUUGGAAACUAAGUCUUCAUAUGAAAAUAAUACAGAAGCUAAUUUUCAAAAGAGUAAAAAGACUGAGCCUUGUACUGAAAGAAUACCUAACGGUAGCAAUCAUUACAUUUUUACCCAUCAUCUUUAUCAUCAUUAUGAUAAACAACUUUCAGAUCACCUCCCAGCCUUUUCCUCAUCCUUACCAUUAAGACGUGACAUAACUGUUUCUAAAAAGCAAAAUACGUCAACCAUUGUGGGACCUAUUAAUCAUCAUAAAUACGCCACUGUAGAAAAUUCUGCUUUUGAAAAACCAGUUGAGAUGAAAGAUCUGUCCAGUACUUACAAGGAUUUACAAAAUAUGGUUGAAAAAACAGCAGCAAUGACAAGAUUAGCUGUAAAAUCUAACCCUCUGAGGUUCAGCAAUGGUUCCAACACUAUAAAGGAUUAUCAAUUAUCAGAGGAGAUACAUGAAAAAAUUAACAAGAAUCCAUGCCAGAAAGAUAAGGAUAAACAUGUAGUGUUUGCUUCAUCUAAGACACGGCUGCCUGAUAGAUACAGUGAUGAACUAGAGACUGCACAAUCAAUGUGUACUAAAGUUCCAGACCUAAAAAGCAACAUUCUUUUGGACUCCAUUUUUAGGCAAUUAGAAAAUAGGAGACAAAUUCCUGAAGCCAGUAAUGGUAAAGUGAAAAAAGUAACUGACAAACCAAAUGGUAAAACCAAAAAACCAGCUAAGAGCUUAAUUUGUAAGAGAAAAUCAGCAUUGGAGACAGUUAGGGUGUGUCUAAAUGAAGAAGAUCAAGCCAUCAGAAAGAAACACAAUGUUUUGCGCAAGUUUUAUGAAAAAGAUAAUCAGGAAUUUACUGAUGAUGUUGAUUAUGUAAUUGGAAGAGAUUUGCAAAAUGCUCUUAUAACAGAGGAAGAAUUUAUUAAACAGUGUAAAGAUAGGUUUACAAAAAAGAACAAGAAAAAGUCUAAAGGCACUCUUCCAUCUUCUACAUUCAAGAAGUCAAGAAUUACUUUUAAAAGCAAACCAAGGCAAACUUAUGGAAAAGAAUCAACCUUCUCAUUGAAAGAUGGGGAGGAUAUGGUUCCAUUCCUGCUUGAAGAGUUUCCUCACCUAAAUCUAAGUGAACAUACUUGGCAUGAACUUUGGAGGAAAGGCUUACAACAGAUUGAAACUUUGACAAAAACCUAUCAAGAAAGUCAACACAAGAAAAGUAGAGCACAAAAUCAGAUUGAAAAUGCAUCUGCAAGACAUCAACUUCUUGUAGAUGCCUUGAGAAAGCAAAUGGAGCAUACUAAACGUUUGCGAGAAAUCAGGGAACAGAAGAAGUUACAAGCUCAGAUGAAAAAUAGCAUCCAUGAAAAACGCAUUCAAUCAGCUAGAGCUCGCAGAUAUUACAAUGAGUAUCAAGUAAGAGCUAGAGCAAAGCAGUUGAAAAGAAGAACUAAAGAGGAAGUGGUUUUUAAGGAGCUGUUCAAUGAUGCCUUGAAAAUUCAAAAGGAGAGACUCAAAGAUAUACGCCAGUAUGCUAAAGAUCAACGCCAACGACAGGAAGAGAACAGACAGAAUGAAAUAGAUUCCAUGGAAAAUUUCUACCGUGACCAAUUUGUUAUGCUAGCUGAGAGACUGACUAAUGAACAAUUUGAAACAGGUGUAAGGGAUACAGCACAACAAAGGAUGAUGGAGAGAAUGAAGAAGGAAUUGCGUCAUAAAAUGGAGGAAGAAAUAAGGCUGUAUCAAGAUCAGAUUUUUUAUGAUGAUGAGGAUGAUGUACACUUUCGUCAAAUUGAUGCAAAUAGAGUCAAACAGCAAUUACACUUGGCAAGUUAAUGCAAAUUUUAGUGACUACCACAUAUGAGUUUAGACAUAACCAUUUAUCAAGUGAUUUUUUUUUU